CAUCAGCAAAGAUGAUUUGUGGAUAUCGUUGGGAUGUGGAGAAUUGCGCCAACGGCCAACCUCACAGUUUGAUAUGAGGAUGAGAUUAGUUAGGUUUUUUAUGAGAGAUUAGGGUUUUGCUUCGAGAGUUUUAUCAGAGAUUUCUACUGAUGCGUCUGUCUCUGCUUCUUCCUCUUCUUCUGAUCUCAUUUUUUCUUUCAUUUCUGGUCAAAGAAGUUCUCUGCAUCUACAACUUUACUCGAAAUGACUUCCCUGCGGAUUUUGUGUUCGGCGCCGGCACUUCUUCUUAUCAGUACGAGGGGGCAGUAGCAGAGGAUGGAAGGACACCGAGCAUUUGGGAUACUUUCACCCAUGAAGGGGGGAUACCAGACAAGAGCACAGGGGAUAUAGCUUCGGAUGGUUACCACAAGUACAAGGAAGAUGCCAAGCUCAUGAGUGAUGUUGGGCUCGAGGCGUAUAGAUUCUCCAUCUCUUGGUCUAGGGUUCUCCCAAAUGGAAGGGGCACCGUCAAUCCUAAAGGCUUGGAGUACUAUAAAAGUGUUGUCGAUGAGAUAUUUGAAAGAGGUAUCAAGAUUCAUGUUAGUCUUCAUCAUUUGGAUCUUCCUCAAGUACUUCAUGAUGAGUACGGCGGAUGGCUUAGCCAUAGGAUUGUGGAUGAUUUCAAAGAAUUUGCAGAUUUAUGUUUUAGGGAAUUUGGUGACAAGGUUUCUCACUGGACAACGAUAGUUGAACCGAAUGUAUAUGCGACGGCAGGGUAUGAUAGUGGAUUAUUUGCUCCUGAAAGAUGUUCAUAUCCAUUUGGUUUGAACAAUUGCACUGCUGGAAAUUCAACAACUGAGCCAUACAUCGCAGUGCACAAUAUGCUAUUAGCGCAUGCUGAAGUUGUUAAGCUGUACAGGACUAAAUAUCAGGGCAAUCAAAAUGGCAAGAUAGGCUUGAAUUUCUAUUCUUUUUGGGGCUACCCGUUUUCAAACUCCUCUGUAGACAUCAAAGCUGUACAAAGAGUAUUUGAAUUUCAGUUUGGCUGGAUAUUAAAUCCUAUAGUGUUUGGAGACUAUCCAGAGAUCAUGAGGACGAUUUGCAGCUCGAGGCUUCCCAAUUUCACUACAUCCCAGAUAGAAAUGCUGAAGGGCUCGUUCGAUUUCAUUGGUCUUAAUCACUACACAUCUGCAUUUGUCAUGGAUAAUUCCAUCAUUCUUAAGAUGUACCCUCGAGAUUACAUUUUAGAUAUGGGUGCCAACAUAGCAGCAUCUAGGAAUGAAACGCCAAGUGGUUCGUUUGUUCCUACUCACCCUCAAAUUGAUCCUGCUGGGUAUCAGAACAUGCUGGAGUACCUUAAACAUAAAUAUGGGGAUCCUCCAAUUUAUGUUGAAGAGAAUGGAUAUGGUUUGGGAGUUAACGGCAGUGCACUCAAUGACUAUGCAAGGAUUGAUUUCUUGAGACAACACAUUGGGGCCACACUUGAAGCUAUUAGGAAUGGAGUAAAUGUUAAAGGCUACUUUGUUUGGUCAUUUGUUGAUGUUUUUGAAUACUUGGGUGGAUACCAAUCAAGGUGUGGACUUUACCAUGUGGACUUUGAUGAUGAUUUAAGGCCAAGAACUCCAAAGCUUUCAGCACAUUGGUAUUACAGUUUUCUGAAGAAUAACAGUGAGGCCUUCAGCACUGAGAGAACAGAUCUUCAGAACCUGCUUCAUUUCUCUCAACUGGGUUUGGCUUCAGAAGUUCUAUCAGAUAUUUCUUUAAUGUAUCAGUCUUUGCUUCUUCUUCUUCUUCAUCUGAUCCUUUUUUUUCUUCCAUUUUUUACCAAAGAAGUUCUCUGCAUCCACAAAUUUACUCGUAAUGACUUCCCUUUGGAUUUUGUCUUUGGCGCCGGCACUUCUUCUUAUCAGUACGAGGGGGCAGUGGCAGAGGAUGGAAGGACACCAAGCAUUUGGGAUACAUUCGCCCAUGAAGGGAGGGCACCAGGCAAGAGCACAGCAGAUAUAACUGCGGAUGGGUACCACAAGUACAAGGAAGAUGUCAAAUUCAUGAGUGAUGUUGGGCUUGAGGCUUAUAGAUUCUCCAUCUCCUGGUCUAGGAUUCUCCCAAAUGGAAGGGGCGCCGUCAAUCCUAAAGGCCUGGAGUACUAUAGAAGUGUUGUCAAUGAGAUAUUUGAACGAGGUAUCAAGAUUCAUGUUAGUCUCCAUCAUUUGGACCUUCCUCAAAUAAUUCAUGAUGAGUAUGGCGGAUGGCUCAGCCCUAGGAUUGUGGAUGAUUUCAAAGAAUAUGCAGAUUUAUGUUUCAGGGAAUUUGGUGAGAAGGUUUCUCACUGGACAACCAUAGUUGAACCUAAUGUAUAUGGGAUGGCAGGAUAUGAUAGUGGACUUAUUGCUCCUGGAAGAUGUUCUUAUCCAUUUGGUUUGACAAAUUGUACAGCUGGAGAUUCAACAACUGAACCAUACAUUGCAGUUCACAAUAUGUUAAUAGCGCACGCUGAAGUUGUUAAGCUGUAUAGGACUAAAUAUCAGGGCAAUCAAAAUGGCAAUAUAGGCAUAAAUUUCUAUUCAUUUUGGUGUUAUCCAUAUUCAAACUCCUCUGCAAAUAUUGAAGCUGUACAAAGGGUAUUUGACUUCCAAUUUGGCUGGGUGUUAAAUCCCGUUGUGUUUGGAGAUUAUCCAGAGAUCAUGAAGAAGAUUUGCGGCUCGAAACUUCCCAAUUUCACCACAUCACAGAAAAAAUUAUUGAAGGGCUCAUUCGAUUUCAUCGGUCUUAAUUACUACACAUCUGCUUUUGUCAUUGAUAAUUCCAAUAUUCUCAGUAUGUUCCCUCGAGAUUACAAUUUAGAUAUGGCUGCUAAAAUAUCAGCAUCUAGGAAUGAUACAGCAAGUGGCGCAUUUGUUCCUACCCACCCUCAAAUCGAUCCCACUGGACUUCAGAACAUGCUGGAUUACCUCAAACAUAGCUAUGGGGAUCCUCCAAUUUAUGUUGAAGAGAAUGGUUAUAAUAUGGGAGCCAACAGCAUUGCACUCAAUGACAGUGAAAGGAUUGAUUUCUUAAGACAGCACAUUGGGGCCACACUUGAAGCUGUUAGGAAUGGAGUAAAUGUUAAAGGUUACUUUGUUUGGUCAUUUGUUGAUGUUUUCGAAUUCCUAACUGGCUACCAAACAAACUGUGGACUUUAUCAUGUGGAUUUUAAUGAUGAUUCAAGGCCAAGAACUCCAAAACUUUCAGCACAUUGGUAUUCCAAUUUUCUGAAGAAUAACUGUGAUGAGGCCUUCAGCAUUGAGAGAACAGAUCUUCAGAAUUUGCUUUAUUUCUCUUAGUGAUUCUUGCUAGAAUAAUAUAUAUAUAUGGAUUACUCAAAGUACAAUUUGUCAUGAAUAAGAUUUUAUUUAGGACAUCUUUUUUACUA